AUGUUAGCGGUUAAAAACUUUUUUAUGCCCGAAAAAAGGGUGGAUUCACCUAAAUUUUCUCGGAUGCCGGAGGCUCUUAUGCGGUCUAUUCGACGGCGCUCCUUGCGAGUUAAAAGAACUAAAUCUCUAGUUCUCGUUAGCGAGAAGAGGAAGUCUGAUUCAUUCGUGAACAGCCAGGAAUGGACAUCCGCUCGCGGUGUUACCGAGCUCCGUGUUGGCGUUCUGGGCUCCCCGGACAGUGGAAAGUCAGCGUUGGUGCAUAGGUACUUAACCGGAGCCUACAUGCAGGAAGAAAGUCCCGAAGGCGGCCGUUUUAAGAAAGAGGUCAUUAUCGACGGACACAGUUACCUCCUACUUAUAAGAGAUGAAGGCGGAUCACCCGAGAUGCAAUUCACCGCAUGGGUAGACGCAGUUAUCUUCGUGUUUAGUUUAGAAAACGAAUCAAGCUAUAAUACAGUUUCAAAUUACUUCAACAAAAUGUCACAUUAUAGAAAUUCUGCCGAAAUACCAAUAAUAUUAGUAGGAACACAAGAUGCCAUAAGUGAAAGCAGUCCUCGAGUUGUGGAUGAUAAUCGCGCUCGCAAGUUGUCAAAUGAACUCAGAAGGUGUUCAUAUUAUGAGACAUGUGCAACGUAUGGAUUAAACGUUGAACGAGUGUUUCAAGAUGCAUGCCAGAAGAUCGUAGGUACGCGGUUGUCUGCUUCAUCCCAAUGUCUUUCUGGUUCGAGGCCGGUUACUCCACAACCGCUGGCGAACUCACCAAGCCAUAACCAUUCCACAUUUCUAUAUAAGGACACACUACCACGAAGUCAUCACACAUUGUCAGCAUCAUCACACCACUUACACAGAGGAGCAUCAUCCUUUGACGCAUCUUCAAAUAGCAGCGGCAUAUCUUCUACACACGUAGUUGAAAUUCACAGCACAAAUGGCUCAGAUACCUCAUCCCGGUGGGGAAAUUCUCUGGGCAGCCAUGGUUCUUCAUCUGGCCUUGUUUCCAUAGCAACAGAAAAUAACAAUGUCAAGUACACAACGCAGCACUGUCUCGAUAACCUUCAGUCUAAGGAAUCAAAAGAUCUCCCCACUCCGUCUUCUACUCCAACGACAUCACGGAAGUCUAGGAGACGGUCCAAUCUAUUCACACCCUCAAAGAAAGGUGAUGAUAGGCUGAAGAACGGUGAGCUAGGGUCGGGACGAGCAAUACCCCUCAAGCAAGGCUACUUAUACAAGAAGAGCAGCAAAGCGUUGAACAAAGAGUGGAAGAAAAAGUAUGUGACGUUAUGUGAUGAUGGAAGACUGACGUAUCAUCCGAGUUUACAUGAUUAUAUGGAAGAUGUGAAUGGAAAAGAAAUUGCCCUUCAGUAUGUGACUGUCAAGGUACCAGGGCAGAAGCCUCGGGGUUCAAAAUCUAUUAUCACAACAGUCCCAGGAUACAAUGGUUACACCAACUUCGACAUCCAUGACAGCAUUGGUGGAUUAUCAUUGGGUUACAAAGAUAAGCCAACUCGGGCGACGGACAAAGCUCUUAUAUCUGCAUUUGAAGCUAUGAAGGAACCGGCUUCUAGCCGGCAGUCGUUAGCUUCAGAGAUAGAUAUCGCAAAUGGAACUGACAAAGACACCCCACACGUGAAGAAAAGGCAUCGACGCAUGAAGAGCAGCGGUGUUAAGAAGGAUGAAGAAGAGGGUGAAAACGCAACAUCCUGUGAAUUUACAAUAGUAAGUCUGGAUGGCAAGCGUUGGCGAUGGGAAGUUUGUGGAGGGAGUAGUCCUGGAGCAGCUGCAGCGGAAAGAGAUGCCUGGGUUGCAGCAGUGGAAGCGCAGAUACUGGCGUCGCUACAAGGACGGACGUCCCGUCAGCCCGCACCAACGGGCGCGAAUUCAACGGGCGACGUACGAGCUACGUACUACAUUAGGAGGGUGAAAGGAAACGACAAGUGUUGUGAUUGUGGAGCUGCAGAUCCGGACUGGGCGAGUUUGAAUCUAGGCGUAUUAAUAUGCAUAGAGUGUUCUGGCAUACACAGGAACCUCGGCUCUCAUAUUUCAAGGGUUCGCUCUCUGGACCUAGAUGAGUGGCCUCUCGGUCACGUGAGCGUGAUGGUGUCUAUGGGCAAUACUCUAGCCAAUUCCAUUUGGGAAGCGGAUCUGAGAGGGCACAUAAAACCAAUCGCGGCCAGCAGUAGGGAGGAUAAGGAGCGGUGGAUAAGAAUGAAAUACGAGCGUCGGGCGUUCCUAUCGAGCACAGAAUCGAGCGUCGUGGGCGAUGCGUUGAAGACGGCGUCCGCGCGUGGCGUGAUGUCGACGAUCGCCAGGCUGUUGGCCGCGCCGCCGCCGCGAGCCCCUUCUCCCACCGAGAGGUCGCUUGCCUUAAGAGCUGCGUCCGCUGCAGGAAAUUUGUCUGCUGCCCAGCUUCUUAUAUGGCACAAUGGCAACCCCAACUUUCCGGACGCAGAUGGCCACACAUGCCUCUUCUACGCCCGUGCAGCGGCGAAUCAUCUCUCAGGGAUACCGACUCAAUACCCCAAAAACCUCCAAAUCACGUGCCCCCUCCACCCCUCCCCUCCCCAAACUUCUGGAAAUACCUCAACUAGCUCCAGCUCGAGUGCGAAAAGCAAGGAAAUCGAAUGUAAUUGCAUUAUUUUCGAACUCCUAAACGCGCAAAGUUCUGCCAACGCGUUAAUAGAUAUACUACUGGGAUUACAAAAUAACCAGUUUAAUUUCGAUGUCGCUGGAGGCUUUGCGACCUUAAGCCGGCCCUCACUUGGCCCAAACCUAUCGCUUACUAACGGGAAAUGUGGCAGCAUUGUAUAA